UAACCGCUGUUGCUAAGCAACGAGAGUUUCACCCACAGGUGCGCUGUGUCGUUAAAACAGCUGGUUGAUCCUUCAAUACGGUUUUUAAAAGUUGUUUCUUCUUUAACGCGAAGAUGAAUUUCACCGACAGCGAUUUCGCUCACAAACGGACAAACUCCGCCGUUCACCAAAACAUGCCGGCGGCUGGAAAAGUGAAACCUGAAGGAGAUCACGUGGACAGCUGCCUUCAAGAUUACACAGGGCCUCCAACCCCCCCGGCAGUGAGGAGAGUCCGCAGCAGCAUCCAUCCCGGGCUGGGAGCUGUCAGAGUACACCGGGGGAAGGCCAAGGACCCGGAUGUCGCCAGCAGCCUCAUUCAUGGCAUCUCCACCAAGCCAUCUUCUUCUGACCGCAGCUUGUUAAAUCCUCCUGAACAGACGCUCUUCCAGGAGAAGUUGCUGGAGCUGAAGGAGUCUGUGUACACUUCCAGGAAGAAGGCGCCGCUGGGCCGCUCACGACACCAAGCAGCCCAGCUCCCCUCCUGGUUUACCCACAACACCACCUUUGGUAUCAAAACAGUUGAAGGACUGGAUGUGCGCGAGAUCAUGAACCCUCCCAAAACAGCAGAGGAGGCGGAGAAGGAAGCUCAGGAGGGACAUGAAGCUCACCGUAGAAGUCACAAGGACUUCUUUGUUGGAGAGCAGAUCGAUAGAAAAUACGACUCCAGAAGUUUCAGUGACGAAUGCCGGUUUGGGAUCCUGACGCCUCAUUUUAACGACGGACGCCGAGUUGGGAAAACGCUCCGAUGGCUCGGAGAAACACAGAAGUUUUAUAAUCCAAACCCUGUUUGGCAGAGAUCUGGGACCAAGGAAAAACUGGCAUCGGCGUUCGGAAAAGUUGAUAACGUGAAACUAAAUGCUCCACAGCUUCCACCCGUUCACACCUUCGGAAUGGUUUUGUCUCCAGACUCCAUCGGAGCUGCAGAAAUAAUCCACGGCACAGAUCUGGGUCAGUACACCAGCGGGCCGGUCCAAGCGCUGAGGCACCGCCUCAAGAACCUCAACUUCCAGAACUUUCCCUCUGUGACCAAGGCCUUCCAACACUACGACAAGACAGGAAAAGGAUCGAUCGACAGAGACGACCUGAGGGCGGUCCUCCACCAGUUCCUGCUGCAUGUGAAGGAAGCGGUUCUGGAUCAGCUCCUGGCCUACUGCGGCGCCGACAGAGACGGGCUCAUCAGCUUCACCCAGUUCACCAACUUCCUCACCUGGAAGGACUUGAUGCCCCUUCACAGCCAGAAGCUGCGGGGUCGACGGAAAGAACAUCAGUCCGGCCCGUCAGAACCAGCAGAGGAGCUCGUCUCUCAGACUCUGAUCAAGCCUGAAGAUCUGGAUUCAGUCCGACCUUCCAGCACCGAGAAGACCGUCAGAACUCUGAGGAGAACCAGCGCAGCUCCAGACCAGUUCACGACCUCCUCCUCUGUCAUCGGGGCCGUCAGGAGCACAGCAGACUGUCGCGCCUGCGGCGUCCCGUCUGUUUGCUCCGAUCUUCCAGCUCCGCCCAUCAAGAGGAUGGGCGACACCACGAACUACGGAGAUUCCUCCACAGCAGCAGAUCUUCUUCAUCCCUCCGACCACGCCCUCAGAGGAGUUCACCAGGAGCACCUCCUCUGCCCUCGCUCCAAGGAGGAGGUCGCAGAGAUCUUCAGGAAUGUUGGCGUGGACGUUUCAGAGGAGACGUUCGAGGAGGCCUGGAAGCUGGCGUCUCUGAAACAUCCCGACGGGGAGGUUUGUGUCGAGACUUUCCGUAACACGAUGAAGGAAAUAAAAGCGAUGUGAGGAUCGAGUACGCUCAACAACACA